AAUUUCAAAGCAAGGACAGGACUCCAAGGAACAUGUUUCUCCAUUUUGGAAUAUUACUUCUUCUGUCCCAUGGACUCCUUGGCGAAGUGGACGUUUCGGAAGCUAUAGAUGGAGACAGCCGAAUAGUCGGUGUCAAAGAUGCCACCCCAGGCAUGGCUAACUACCAAGUUUCAAUGCGUGGUCAUAGCGGAAAGGAAGAAUGGCACACUUGCGGAGGGUCUAUUUUAAACGAAGAGUACGUGUUAACAGCCGCUCAUUGCAUUCAUGGGAAACGACCUGACGAGUUGUCUAUAGUAGUUGGCAGUCACACGCUCAAUAAAGGUGGCGACCGUUACAAGAUUAAGAAAUUGGUCCCUCAUGAGAACUAUUACAGACGGACUCUAAAGAAUGACAUAGCCAUCGUACAGAUCGAAGGCAAAUUCAAAUUCAGCGAUAAGGUUCAACCAAUUGAGUUGUUAAAAGAAAUGGCACCCAUUGGAAAGAAAUGUCUCUUGACUGGCUGGGGACUCGUAGACUAUGACAAGAAAAUUCUACCAAACAAACUUCAAAUGUUGGAGUUUGAAACAAUAAGCAACGACGACUGCACUAAACAAUUACAACGCUCGCGUUUCUCGACAUUGGUGCCCGUAGACGCCGGACAACUCUGCGUUAAGCGCCCGAACGACAAAGAGAUGACAGCCAAGAAUUUGGCUAGACCCCUUGCUUCUAUUGAGCAAGCAUUAGAUUAUAAGACCUUGGAAGAAAUUCCAAAUAAUAUUUAUUUAAAUUAG